GCAAUUUCAUUUUUAUAUCAUCUGCUUGUUGUUAUUGCUCUGUAGUGUUUCACGGAAUGAUGGAUGUUCUGUAAAGAGGGUGGAGAUUCUAGCCGUGUUCUCCCAAAUUUGUUUGCUGCAUUUGUGAGCAGAGCGGUGGCUGGUCUGGACCAAGUUGGCGCAACUCGUAUCGUGCAAUUUUCCAUUUAGGAUCCGGUUCUGAAUCAUUUCGUGCAUCUCUUCGCGGUGGAUAAGCUCAGAAUGGGAUAGCAUCUGAAUGUUGCCCGAUAAUCCUUUGCUUUCCAUGUCUUUGUUGUUUGAGGGAUGCUAAUUUAGUUUCCAUGUUUUUCGUCAAGAUGGCAUGGAUUAACUUGUCUGGAGCUACCGUAGAAUAUGGGUGUUGAGUUGUUCAGCAGGCAACCUCUCUAGAAGUCUAUAUUUAGUUCUUUACUACCGUGCCUUGUCUAGUGUACAACUUUGUUAUUCUUAAUUUCCUCUGCAUAUGUUCAGCUACCUUAAAUACUUGUCUCGGAUAGUGUUUCGGCUGAACAUCGUUAGGGUCUCUUUGUGUUAAGAUUCUAAAAAUGCAGAAAGAGGAAACCGACUAGGAUUAAGAUGCCAUGCGUUGUUCAAAUCUACAGUAAGUCAAAACAAAAGAAUUUGCAAAAGUAGUUGUUUGGAUGCUCCACAGGAAAUCGCCAAGAGUGCUGUCCAUGCUAAAACUUCUUAGUUCCCAAUUUCAAUUGUUGCCUAUUAGAGUAUUCAUAACUAGAUGCCAACUGGACUAGGAUCGACCAACUUCAGUCUUCAUGGUAAUCUUAUUUUAAGGCUGUAUUAUGUUCCACCAAUUCCUAUAUGGCAGUUAUCCAUAUAUGUGCAGGUGAAACUACUUGAACUGGAUGCGGCUCUAUUCACCUGCAAACUGUUUGAGGCGAUCUGCGUCCAGUAGCAUGCAUUGCUCUUCCAAUCAGUUUCAUGGAGGAGUCACCCAGAGCAUGGCCUUACGGAAGUGCUCCUGGUCAAAGUCAAGCAGUUCUCAUUCGAACUCGGGAUUAGUCAAUUUUUCUCUCAAUAGGAAUAUAAGGUCUUCUGAACCACUCAAUCUGAAGUACUUUGUCAGCUUAGUGGGCCGACAAUUCCGUUGCGGACUAUCAACCAGAGAAGGUGCUCUACGUAUAAAGCUUGACAUGCUUUCACGUGAAAGAAUUUCGGGUAUUAGUUGGAAUUGGAAAGGCAUGCAUCAAAAAAUAGGAGGUACAGCCGGUGGACUUUGCUUAGGUUUUUCGGUUUCAGGGAUAGCAAAAGCUGAGAUGCCUGCGGACAGAAAGAUCAACUGUGCAGAAACAUCAGCGUCAUCUACUCACGGGAAGAAAAUAUACACAGAUUACUCUGUCACUGGUAUUCCUGGAGAUGGAAGAUGUUUAUUCCGCUCUGUGGUUCAUGGGGCAUGUGUCAGGUCCGGGAAAGCCAUACCUAACGAAGAUCUUCAGAGAAAGCUAGCUGAUGAAUUGAGGUCAAUGGUCGCUGAUGAAUUUGUCACCAGACGGGAAGAGACUGAGUGGUUCAUUGAGGGUGAUUUUGAUACCUAUGUUUCCCAGAUUAGGCAACCGCAUGUUUGGGGAGGUGAGCCAGAAUUGUUCAUGGCUUCACAUGUUCUUCAGAUGCCAAUAACUGUGUACAUGCGUGAUGAAGAUUCAGGUGGUUUAAUAACAAUUGCUGAAUAUGGCCAAGAGUAUGGUAAAGAAGAUCCAAUAAAAGUUUUGUAUCAUGGUUUUGGCCAUUAUGAUUCUCUACAGAUUCCAGCAAAUAUGGGCCCAAAGACAAAAUUGUAGAAUUCAAGAUACAAAUGGCACUGGUGGCAUUUAACCAUGCUCAUUGUUCCAAUGGCUUUGUCUGUGGGCACCAGGCUCAUAGAAGAUGAUCAGAGAUACAGGACACUCGAUUCUCUGUAUGAAUCUGUCGAAAGAACCGAAGUGUUGCAAUCCACUAUAGCGUCCCCACUUCUUCUGAAAUGGACAAUAAGGUUAACAUCAUCCGAGAACAUGACUGGAUCCUGAUGCUGGUUGUUCAUGCGCUCACUGCAGAUUCUAGGUGCACCUGUUUGGCUGUAACUUCAUGUAAUCUGCUGAAUCCUGGCUGUGCUCAUGCGAUGGCAAUAAAAGGGCCCACUAUGGCUUUGUUA